AUGAUCUUUGACCCUCUGACUGAUCCUAAACCCUACACCAAGACUGAUCCUAAACCCUACACCAGGACUGAUCCUAAACCCUACACCAGGACUGAUCCUGAACCCUACACCAGGACUGAUUCUAAACCCUGCACCAAGACUGAUCCUAAACCCUACACCAGGACUGAUCCUAAACCCUACACCAGGACUGAUCCUAAACCCUACACCAGGACUGAUCCUAAACCCUACACCAGGACUGAUCCUAAACCCUACACCAGGACUGAUCCUAAACCCUACACCAGGACUGAUCCUAAACCCUACACCAGGACUGAUCCUAAACCCUACACCAAGACUGAUCCUAAACCCUACACCAGGACUGAUCCUAAACCCUACACCAAGACUGAUUCUAAACCCUACACCAAGACUAAUUCUAAACCCUACACCAAGACUGAUCCUAAACCCUACACCAAGACUGAUCCUAAACCCUACACCAAGACUGAUUCUAAACCCUACACCAAGACUGAUCCUAAACCCUACACCAAGACUGAUCCUAAACCCUACACCAAGACUGAUUCUAAACCCUGCACCAAGACUGAUCCUAAACCCUACACCAAGACUGAUUCUAAACCCUACACAAAGACUAAUUCUAAACCCUACACCAAGACUGAUUCUAAACCCUGCACUAAGACUGAUCCUAAACCCUACACCAAGACUGAUUCUAAACCCUACACCAAGACUAAUUCUAAACCCUACACCAGGACUGAUCCUAAACCCUACACCAAGACUGAUUCUAAACCCUACACCAAGACUGAUUCUAAACCCUGCACCAAGACUGAUCCUAAACCCUACACCAGGACUGAUCCUAAACCCUACACCAGGACUGAUCCUAAACCCUGCACCAAGACUGAUUCUAAACCCUACACCAGGACUGAUCCUAAACCCUGCACCAAGACUGAUCCUAAACCCUACACCAAGACUGAUCCUAAACCCUGCACCAAGACUGAUCCUAAACUCUACAGCAGGACUGACCCUAAACUGAUCCUAAACUCUACACCAGGACUGAUCCUAAACCCUGCACCAGGACUGAUCCUAAACCCUGCACCAGGACUGAUCCUAAACCCUACUGAUCCUAAACCCUGCACCAAGACUGAUUCUAAACCCUACACCAAGACUGAUUCUAAACCCUACACCAAGACUGAUUCUAAACCCUACACCAAGACUGAUCCUAAACCCUACACCAAGACUGAUCCUAAACCCUACACCAGGACUGAUCCUAAACCCUACACCAAGACUGAUCCUAAACCCUACACCAAGACUGAUUCUAAACCCUACACCAAGACUGAUUCUAAACCCUACACCAAGACUGAUCCUAAACCCUACACCAAGACUGAUUCUAAACCCUACACCAAGACUGAUCCUAAACCCUACACCAGGACUGAUCCUAAACCCUACACCAGGACUGAUCCUAAACCCUACACCAAGACUGAUUCUAAACCCUACACCAAGACUGAUCCUAAACCCUACACCAAGACUGAUCCUAAACCCUACACCAAGACUGAUUCUAAACCCUGCACCAAGACUGAUCCUAAACCCUACACCAAGACUGAUUCUAAACCCUACACAAAGACUAAUUCUAAACCCUACACCAAGACUGAUUCUAAACCCUGCACCAAGACUGAUCCUAAACCCUACACCAAGACUGAUUCUAAACCCUACACCAAGACUAAUUCUAAACCCUACACCAGGACUGAUCCUAAACCCUACACCAAGACUGAUUCUAAACCCUACACCAAGACUGAUUCUAAACCCUGCACCAAGACUGAUCCUAAACCCUACACCAGGACUGAUCCUAAACCCUACAUUAGGACUGAUCCUAAACCCUGCACCAAGACUGAUUCUAAACCCUACACCAGGACUGAUCCUAAACCCUGCACCAAGACUGAUCCUAAACCCUACACCAAGACUGAUCCUAAACCCUGCACCAAGACUGAUCCUAAACUCUACACCAGGACUGACCCUAAACUGAUCCUAAACUCUACACCAGGACUGAUCCUAAACCCUGCACCAGGACUGAUCCUAAACCCUGCACCAGGACUGAUCCUAAACCCUGCACCAGGACUGACCUUAAACCAGGACUGA